AUGGCGAAUCAGACCGGAAAUAAUCAGGAAGGUUUAUUGAACCAGAAGACAACGACUCCUUCUACAACAACCAAUGGCGUUUCCGUCAAUUCGAAAAAUAGCGAAGGCAACGCCGUCUUGGUUGAUACGCCGUCCGCGUUGAGACACAACCCUGAAAUUUCCGUGAAUUGGACUCCUGACGAACAAUUGACUCUCGAGAUGUGUGCAUCUGAUUCAAUCAUAGUUCGCUAUGCUAAGGUAGCGAUGAAGUUGAAGGACAAAACAGUUCGGGAUGUGGCGCUACGUUGCAGAUGGAUGACUAAGGAAAAUGGCAAACGAAGGAAAGGGGAUCAUGGCUCAGCUAGGAAAAUAAAAAACAAUAGGUUCAUAGAUUUGCAUCUAGGUGUGACAGGAGAGCUGCUUGAUCAGAAUGCUCAAAUGUUUAGUCAAAUUUCAGCAAAUUUUUCAGCUUCCCAGAUACAUGAUAAUAUAGGUCUGUUAUGCAAAGCCCGGCGUAAUAUCCUCACAAUCUGA